AUGAAAAACGUUUGGUUUGCUAUCCUAACACUGCUAUGCCUGGAGCUUUCCAUGAGGGUUGGAACUGCCCCAAUUUGUGCCUAUGGACAGGCUGGAUGCCAUGUUCCUACCCUGGCUGAUCUCUUUGACAGGGUCAUACAACAGUCUUCAAGAAUGCAUGGUAUCUCCAGUGAUCUGCACUCUGAAUUUGAGCAAUAUUUCUUUCCCAGCAAGAAUCUCAUAGGAAAAAGGAAGUGCCACACAUAUGGUAUACUAACACCAGAUGAUAAGGAGAAUGCACAAAGGCUUGGGAGAGAACAACUGACAGAGGUGAUCCUGAGGCUGCUGGGGGCCUGGGGUGACCCCAUGUCUCAACUCUACCAGAGCAUGUCUCAGGAUCAAAAUCAAGACUUCAACCACUACAGCUCUAGCAAGGCACUGGAGAUAAGUGAUAUGGUUCAUGAACUGAGGGAUGGAGUGGCAAAAAUGACAGAGAAGAUGAAGCUAUUCGGAGUGCUUGGUAACACCGUGGGUAACAUCUCUCCUGAGAGUUUGGUCCCUUCUUCUGCCCUUUCCUCCUACACACAAGGAGAACUUAACUCAAUGGACCAUCAUGACCUACUGUACUGCUUCCGCAGAGACUCCAACAAGGUCAAAAAUUAUCUCCGUAUCCUGAAAUGCACCACCCUACCUGGGCUGGACUGUUAA